AUGCUGGGUAAGAUUGCUCUCGAAGAGUGCUGGACCAUUCCAGAGGAGCUUUCCAACAAUGACCCAGGAAAGUUCGUCGCGCCUGGUACGGGCUCCCGUCUCACCAAUGAACUGCUCGACAUCCACGACAUGCGCCUCAAGCAGAUGGACGAGAACGGUGUCGACUUCAUGAUCCUCUCCUUCGUGGCCCCCGGCUGCCAAGGGAUUCCCGACAAGGCCAAGGCCGAAGCGCAGGCGAGGCUGGUAAAUGACCGCCUAGAGGCUGAAGUGAUGAAGGCGCCGACGAGGUUCGCCGCCUUUGCUGCCCUCAGUAUGCAUGAUCCAGCCCAAGCGGCUGAGGAGCUUCGACGGUGCAUGACUGAGAAGAAGGGCUUCGUGGGUGCGAUUCUCAAUGACUAUCAGAGCUGCGGCGAUGAUGGAAACGGCAUGCUCUACUUUGACCAGCCUGAGUACGACGUGUUUUGGAAGACGGCGGCCAAGCUUGGGGCUGCCGUUUACAUGCACCCGCGACCUUCUAACAAGUUAAUCCAUAAGCUCAUGUGGGAGGGCCGGCCGUGGCUUGACUUUUCUGCUCUGGGGUAUGCGGAUCGUCUGAAUAUGCAUAUCCUCGGUAUUGUGACGAACGGAGUGCUUGACCGUUUCCCUGAGCUGAAAAUCCUAUUUGGCCAUAUGGGCGAGCAUAUUCCUUAUGACCUUUACCGGAUUGACCACAAACUUGACCGCGGGCGUUUCCCCAACAUGCCCAUGCGAAAAGACAAGCUGGUUCGCGACUACUUUGGCGAGCAGCUCUUCAUCACCACAUCGGGUCACUUUUCGACGUCGGCACUGUUGUUUGCCAUUGGCGAGGUUGGCGCCAGCUCCAUCAUGUUCUCCAUUGACUACCCCUUUGAGAGCAUCCGGAAUGCUUGCGCUUGGUGGGAUGAGCAUGUGUGGCCAAACGUCAACCAGCACGACUACGCUAAUAUCGGUCGCAACAAUGUCCUCAAAGUCCUCCCGAGACUGACACAGGAACCGCAUAACCUAAAGCCCAUGACACCGCGCGAGUGCCAGGUGGGAGGGUUGCCGCAGGGAGAAGUAUGUUUCGGCCUUUACAAUAAGUCGUGGAACAAGAGGGAGAUCAAGACCAUACCUUCAUAG